UUUACAUAUGUACCGGGAAACACUGGCCGAAGACGCUUGAAGUAGAACGCUGCUAUUGCAGAAACGGAGUGGAAGAACGAUGCCGGGUUCUUCCGUUACGUUUCCUCUCUCCGCUGUUUCCAUGGAUUCCUCGUCUUCCUCUCCUCCUCCAAUUCUCAACCCUAUAGCCUCGCUAUCCUCCUUUCUUCACCACCAGCUCUGCCGCUUCAGUGCCGACCUCUCCACCCGAUUAGCCGCCGUUCAUCGUCAAGCCAUCGUCGCCAUCAGUUCUCCGGCGGAAUUUCCUUUCGCUGCCCUAUCCAUGGCGGCGCAAGGGCGUCACGCCUUCGAAAUCGCACUGAGCACAGACUAUAUUUCGCGGACACUUACGGGCACGGCAGUGUACACCGUCGGUAACGCCAAUAACGAGUUCGUCCUUGUAUCUGACCCCCACAAUGGGGCUAGAUCAAUCAGCCUCCUCUGUUUCCGGGAAGAGGAUGCUCAGGCUCUUCUAUCUCAGGUUCAGCUCCGGCAGCCGAUUUUGGGAAGGGGGGCAAGGGUGGUUCCCAUUAAUCUCGAUCAGGUAUAUUUGCUGAAGGUUGAAGGCAUUGCGUUUCGGUUUCUUCCUGAUCCUCUUCAAAUAAAGAAUGCACUAGAGUUAAAAUCUGCAGAUCGUUCAAGAGGCUUUGAUGGAGUUCCUGUGUUUCAGUCAGAACUUUUAGUUAUCAAGAAGAAGAAUAGGCGCUACUGUCCCAUCUACUUUCGGAAGGAAGAUUUAGAGAGGGAACUUUUGAAAGCCUCAAGGGGACCCAGAGGGCCUGGUCUUUCUCAACAUAUAAUGGUUGGUAGUUUGGAAGACGUUCUUAAAAAAAUGGAGGUGAAUGACAAUAAUUCUGGAUGGGAUGAUCUAAUUUUUAUCCCACCUGGAAAAAGUUACACCCAGCAUGUUGGCGAAGCUGCGUCAGGAUAAAUGAGCAUCUUUGUCGCUUCAAUGCCCAGCAGCAAUUCUGAAAGGAAAUUUAUUCUUUCCUUUAUUCUUUUCUAAAACAGGUUUGCCGCUAGAGCUUCUUAUUUAAUUCCUGGAUUUUCUGGCAGAUCUUGAAUUUUGAAUUUGAUCUAAUUUUAAGUGAGCCUGUGAGUCCGCCGAAGUACGAGUUUUGUUUAUGGCCGUUGGAAAAAUCUAGUAUAAUAUUAUGAUUGGAGAUUAGGGAGGCGGUAAAGAGGAGUAAAGAGAUGGAUGUUGCUGCUUUGUAUGGAGUUUUUCAUUCAAGGAAACUUAUCUUGUGUUUUUUAUUU